UUUGGCUUCCCUCCAGGCCUGAGGACAAAGACUUUCCUCUAAACUCAGAUGAAAAAUAUUCCAACAGGAGAACAUUAACCUGACUAGGAAAACUCCUGGCCCUGAGUUUAACCAAAGCUGAGUUUGUGUUCAGGAAAGCCCUGGUGAUGCAUUCUUGUGUCUGUCUGUGUUGAACAAGCGCACCAAGAGGAAACUGAAGAUGGUUCGUGACAAUGGCUCCAUGACCAUCCUUGGAGCGAGGAAGAUGUCCAUUCCUCAGAUCACCUUCGACCACAUCGAAGAUAACGACGAGAAGAAAGAGGUCCCCUUCUUUCUAGAAGAACCCCAAGGCAUCAUCCGGAUGUUCAGACAAACAGGCGUUCAGCACUCAUGGUCCUCUUUCAAUCUGAGCUGUCCUGCCUCUCCAGUUAAGAAAAACCUGGACGGGCCUUCCAUAGGCAUCUCCCGGGGCAACAGCUUGAGUGAUGACAUGGACUAUGUCAGCGAAGACACACCUUUACCCGUGGUGACAGACGCAUCACAUUUGUUGACCAGCCCGCUCAUGGCAAAGGUCCAGGACUCAGUCUCAACUCACCACUUGAAUUCAAGAAGCACCAUCACGACCAACACCAGAGCCAGCACCAAUACCAGCAGCAACACCUGCACUAACACCAACACCAGCACCACCACUAAUAAUAGUACCAACAACACCAGCACUACCACCAAUACCAGCACCAACACCAGUACCAACAACAUUCACAGAACCUGCACCAACACCAGCACAAACACCAGCACCAACACCAGAACAAGCACCAACAACACCAAUAACAGCACUAACACUAGUACCAACAACAUCUACAGAACCUGCACCAACACCAGCACAAACACCAGAACCAACACCAGGAACACAAGAACCAUCACCAGUACCAGCACCACUUGGAGCCAGCAUUGGACCUGUCACUGA